CGUCACCCAGAAUUGGCGAUACUGUAAGAAAAUCGGUCAACUUUACUCGUACCAACCCCGCAAUCCUAGCAGUGUUUGUUUACGUGUGUGUACGUGACCAUGCAGAAAAUUAGGAAAAAACUGUGGCUAAAACCUCAGAAUAGCGUUUGGCGUGAGGAUCGUAAGGAUUUCUGCAACUGGGAUGGUGUGAAGUGUACUAAACGGCUGGUGGACAAAAUAUCCUUGCCUAAUCGCAACCUGACUGGGACAAUUCCAACCGAAUUUCAAGACUUACGCUCCCUGGGAAGCCUGGACUUAUCGAACAACAGUUUCAGUGGUCCAGUCCCGAAGGUACUUGUGGAGCGCAACUAUAAUCGCACUCUCGAUCUCAAUCUUGCAAAUAACCCAGAGCUCUGUGAUCCAACGGGAAGGGGUUUGAUGGGGUUGAUGCGAACGUGUCCCAAGAAGCGCCAAUGGCAGCCUUGGUACACUAUUGUGAUUUCGGUUUUGUCUGUGAUCUUGGUUAUCCUUCUGGUUGGAAUUUUCGUAUUCGUCAUCCGGUGGAAAAGAGAAGAGAAGUACCAGAUCAUGCCGAUGGCGCACGCACACAGAGGUGGGCAUUCAGGGGGAGGUCGACAUUCACAUUCACAACCGCGGAGCUCCUCUUCAGAUGGUGCGGCAAGCGGACGGAAGGUUAUCUGUUUCUCGUUGAAGGAACUAAGGACAGCCACAAGAGAUUUCAAUCCGGCGAACAUGCUUGGCUCCGGCAUGCAUGGUGCGACGUUCAAAGGGAAGCUGCAAAACAGAUCAGUAGUGGCUGUGAAAAGGUUCGGGAUGCAAAGCACAGCGGUCACUGGAUCGCCUCGGGAUUUCAAAAAGGACAUGGAGGUAUACUUCAAACUUCGCCACAAUCAUCUUCUGGAGCUCAUCGGUUACUGCGCUACAUCGAAGGAGAGGCUCCUUGUUUACGAGUACAGUCAACAUCGUUCAAUUUUUGACCACUUACAAGGGAAGAGGAGGCCGAUAUUGUCUUGGCGUGCCAGGUUAGAGAUCCUGAUCGGUGUCGGGAGAGCUUUGUCCUACAUGCACAGGUGUACUCCUCCAGUUGCUCAUAAGAACGUGAAGAGUACGAAUAUCCUGCUGUUUCAACCAACACCAGGAGGUCCUUGGCAGGGAAAGAUUGGCGACUUUGGGAGAAAGGAUGAUGGGACAAUGGGAUUGACGCCGAGAGGGGAGAUCAACGUUAUGAUUCCUCAUGCUGCAUUCGGCUAUGUGGACCCAGAGUUCCCGUUCGCCAGUGAGAGGACACCAAAGAGCGAUGUCUUUUGCUUCGGCAUUGUUCUGAUGGAGACGAUUACAGGCCAGAAGCCGUUCGAUCAGCAACAGCAUCCUCCAGAUCUGAUGAGUAGGUUUCGUGGCCAUGUCGAGGCAUCAGGUGCCGCUGGCAUGGAGGAGCUGCUGGACACUGCGCUCCAGGAGCAGUCGUUUUCGCGGAGAGGACUUCGGCUGCUGGGACACCUUGCCCUGAGGUGUACGGCGAUGCAAGGAAGUAAUCAGCCGGAAAUGCGGGAGGUUGUUCGCACUAUGCAGAAGAUUCUGAAGCUCGAAGAGCCGCCCAUGUCGUAUAAUGUUAACGCCCAUAACGGGAACAGCAAUUCGCGUGACAUCACGCCGGAGCGCAGCCCAAGUCCUAGUCCUAUGCUUAGCCCUCACCAAACUCCACGGCAAGGUAGCCCUCGCGGAGGUAGUCCGAACCGACACAGGAACAGGCAUAGAGUCUCUCCCAGACCUCCAACGCCAGUGCGGCCGCCUAGUCUACCGGACGGGAUCCCUAUGACAAGCCCAGAUGACUGGAACCGAAGGGCACCAGUCCCCGCUGGCGGUGUGGACAAUAUGAUUCCUGGCUCCGGUGCCCACGAAAGGUACCCUGAUCCCUUUGCAAGGGGAGCGGCUGGGCUCUUGCCACCUGAAUCGCUGAAUGGAGGCAGUAAUGCUAGCGGCGGCGUUGGGCUUCCGCUUAUGUUUGGCGGUGUAGGGGAUUCUCCCAAUAUGAACGGAGACAACGGACCGGAAAACUUCGGGGCGAUGAUGGAUCUGGGGCUAGGCUAUAAUGAUGUCACAAUCGAGAUGGCCAUGCCGGCAGUCACUCCGCGGUGAUCUUCCCCCGCCCCUUUGCCUUCAGUUGCAUCAGCCCAACAACUCGGCCAACUUUGGGGCGACGAUGGUGUAUGCCACUGUAUGGCACCUAUCAGUCACUGAGUAAGCAUGUCAGCAAUUCCAGGGAAAUCUUUCGAGUGGGGUAUCUGUGCGCUUUGUCAAAGGGGGAAUUGUUCAGAUGCAUGCGCCAUAAACGUUCUCCUUUUCCCCCCUCGAGCGAACAGUUGUUAGGGAGUAGCGCCGAGUUCUUGAGAAGGGUGGCGCUGCAAUCUCUGUGGUAGGUGAUGAGGACUAACUAUGGCAUGGUUCCAUUGCCCUUGACCAUGGUCCGAUGAGAGAAGUUAAAGGGUAUGGGUGCGCAUAUCAAAAGCCGUACCGCAGACAGCUCCUUCUGCAUUUCGUUAAGUAGAGGAGGAGGAACGGAAACCUGCUCUGGCUUUGCGACUCCUUGUGACCUUGUCCGAUGGCGGCAGAGAAACGAUUCAUUUACUAUGUUCGCUAACUCUUUUAUUUUCCUUUUUUUUUUCAAACUUUGCUUGAUCAGAUUGGAUUAUAUGGAGUCGUCGGUGUCUGACCCGUUUCCCGUUUUCUUACCUCAGCCUUAGGCCAUACUCACACUGCGACUUUUUUACGUAAUUUUUUGGAUGGAAUUGCAGCCAGAUACAUCUGGGUAUGGCCGCGAAUGCGGUCAGAUGCAUUUGAGAUACUGCUAGUGUGAGUACGGCCUUCGCGGUGAUUUUUCAGUCUAUUUACUAUGCUAGUGUGAGUACGGCCUUCGCGGUGAUUUUUCAGUCUAUUUACUAUGUAUAUGAUGAUAUGUUCAUUGCAUCGGUCCUGCUUUGAGCAGAUUGGGACUACAUACGCUGUAUACUGUAACACAUCUGGCACAGAGCCUAGCGGCUGCUCUCUGCUCGCUGCAUCUGAUCUGAAACAAGUGGAGAAGGUUGAGAUGCAAGAAACAAAGACAUAAACAAGUACGUAGGUGCUGACCCCCAUACCGACGACCGCCGCCAGGGCCCAGGGCAGGGGUUAACAUGUGCAUCGCCUUGAUUGUGAGCAGUAGCUAUAUGCUUGCAGGGGUCCCCAGUACAGCCAAAAAGCCUGAGUCCUCAGAGCAGCGUACGGGCAGUCGCGAUUCAUCGCACGGCCUCCAUUUCUGCAUUGGCAUAUGAUGGUGGGUAGGUCAUGCUACCGUCCUCACCCGUAUAGAACACCCGGUCCUUAUCCCUGUAUAUGGACAAACAGAUGGUAAAGAUACGGCUAUAUAAUAUAUAUUGACAGUGCGUUCUGUAUGGGUGAAAAGACGGUAGCUUGUCAUCGACCAUUGAUAGGACGUUGCGUAGUGUAUGUAGUGCCCAAGUAAUGUGGGUGUCGAUUCGUUACACAGCGUCUGCCUCCACACUUGUUCGUAUCUGGUGGCCAUCAUCAAUAGCACUUUGGGGGGUGUCUGUGAAGAAGCCCAAGUACCCAGCUAGGAUUGGAGGCGAUCAAUUUAUCGCACUGCUUCUGUCUUGCACUGUGUUGUCUUGUGGCUGAGGUGACGCCAGCUUGUCCUCGAUCGAGGCUCGUUAUGCCAGAACUGCCGUCCAAUGCGUUAGUCAGCCAAGCCGGAGGCGAAACACGAGCAAGAUACUCUCUCUCUUCUGGUGUCAUCUGGGGUCUCCUGGAGUAACUCGCCUGCUUUUCUCAACGGAGCGCGACAUCAACGUUAUUCAGCUGGUGCCACCUGCUGAGACCUCUUGGAGUGACCUGCGUCCUUUGGUGCACUCCGUGGCGCGCAAGAUCUACGUCUCGCUCGCUUAAGGUUUGCGAACUUUGAGGUGAAAAAAAAAGAAGAAAAAAGGUAUACAUGUGUAUAUGUGCUUCGCGUAGUAGAUAAUGAAUGGGGUCUGUCUCCACUGCUCAACAUUCGACAAGUAUCUGGACCGGAUGCAGACCCGAUACAUUUGGAAUGACCCCAAAUAUUGAAUGUAUGGGACCUCUAACAGGUUCAGAUACGUGUAGUAUGCUUUGCAGUAGUGGAGCGCGGCCCAUAGUCUGGGUAUUUGUUCUACUGAGUAUUCAGUACCUAUGUUUCCUUACUGGCCUCUCUCUUUUUUUUUUUUUCAAAACAACCCUCUCCAGUGCUAGAGGUGCCUUACUGGCCUCUCUCACAGCUGGGUGAGUGUGGCUUGCCAUCUGUGUGUUUCUCCUUCGAGGGGCGGGGGGGGAGGGGGGGUGACAUGUGUCCUUCACUUCUUCGAGUUUUGAAAUCUCCUCACAUUCUUGAAUACACACAUGGGCACACGAAAGAACUUGUAUAACAUCGGCUGGUCUAAGCGCAGCCGCUUUCUGUAAUCGUCACGCCAAGUGUGUGCCCUGUGGUGCUGGGAGAGGACGACAGAUUGCAGUGCCCGGAGUGGAAAAGAUCGCAUGCUGUGAUCGUUGUAAAGGACCGAUCGCACGGCGGUAUGUUCGAUGUGUGAAUUCGGCGAAUUGACGGCAAUGCCACAACAGGUCGACAACUGGAGCAUUCAUUCGGCCGAGGUGAAAAUUUGAGCGCCAUGCAUAUAAUGCAGCUCUUGUGUCAGAUGAGGGCAACUGCAGCAUUUUUUUGGCCGAGAUGACGGAAAGUUGUGUGUACUAUACCUCAUACGUACCUCCACGUCGCUCGUCAUACAUGUCACUCUCGUCGGCACAGCGCCAACUGCAGCAUUUGAUCGGAUGAGUCGAAAAGCCGAGCACCACGGAUAAAGAGACGGUGUGCAGCUGUGGUGCCGGCCCUGCCGGGUGAUGGCAGCAGCCACACAGUCUCUUAUCUGAUGAAACCACAGAAAGCGGCUGUGGUGCCUCCGUGUCCCUCGUCGAACCUGUCACUCUCAUCAGUGGAAGGCAGGGGAUUUCAGGGGGGACACACAGAGAGAGAGAGAGAGAGAGAGAGAGAGAGAGAGAGAGAGAGAGAGAGAUGGCAGCGCCAUUCGAUACGAUGAGGCGAGAAGUUGAGGGCACAAUUCUUGCAGCCCUUGAGGGGGUAGUAGGGGUACCCAUUUGGGUGUUUUUUGGGAGGGGGUUAGUCUCAGGACAAGGUGUUGAUUUUGAAGAUGUGUGUUUCAACUUUAAAGUUUAACCCCCAUCAGUACGAACCCCCUCCUCCAUAGUACAUACUUUUCGGCUGUAUACAAGCGGACAGCGGUUUCAAUAUGUUGGCCUGGGAGGGAUUGGUUAAGAUUCGUUAGGCAGCAAAAAGUAUUAGGUUUGGCAAUUUCUUGUA